CAGCCGGAGUGUGUGAAGAAACACUGAGUGGUAUUGCAUUGUGAAGACUUUAUUUGAGAGCCGAUCAUGGGACUACCAACUCUGGAGUUCAGUGACUCUUUUCUGGACAGUCCGGACUUCAGAGAGAGACUCAAAUGUCAUGAAAUCGAGCUGGAUCGAACCAACAAGUUCAUCAAAGAGCUGAUUAAAGACGGGAACCAGCUGAUUAAUGCGCUGAAGAGCCUCUCGGCAGCCGUUCAGAAGUUCUCUCAGUCUUUGCAGGAGUUCCAGUUUGAGUGCAUUGGAGAUGCAGAGACAGAUGAUGAAGUAAAUAUUGCUCAGUCCUUUAAAGAGUUUGCCCAGCUACUGGACACCAUGGAAGAGGAGAGAAGACGACUGAUACAGAAUGCUGAUGAUGUUCUAAUCUCACCCUUGGAGAAGUUUCGGAAAGAGCAGAUCGGAGCAGCCAAAGAGGGGAAGAAGAAAUUUGACAAGGAAACAGAGAAGUACUAUUCCACACUGGAAAAACAUCUCAACCUGUCGUCCAAAAAGAAGGAAUUGGCUCUCUUUGAGGCUGAUGCUCACAUUGAUAAGGACAGACAACUCUUUUAUGACGCCUCACUAGAAUAUGUCUUCAAAAUUCAGGAGGUUCAAGAGAAGAAGAAAUUUGAAUUUGUGGAGCCGCUGUUGGCUUUCCUGCAGGGCUUAUUCACCUUCUACCAUGAGGGUUACGAGCUGGCCCAUGAAUUUGAGCCAUAUAAACAACAGCUACAGUUCAACCUGCAGAAUACAAGGAACAACUUUUUGAGCACCAAACAGGAAGUUGAAAAUCUGAUGAACAGAGUUCGCUCUGCAGACCAAGACCAAAAGCCUCCGGGCCAGUGGACUAUGGAGGGCUACCUUUACGUCCAGGAGAAACGACCCUUGGGAUGCACAUGGACGCGUCAUUACUGCACAUAUGAGAAGGAGAGUAACACCUUCAGCAUGUGUAAUACAGAGGUGAAGCCCACCGUUAAACAGAAUGGUGUAAUGGCGAAUCCCUCUGAGAAGUUCAAACUGAAGUCCUGUAUUAGGAGGAAGACUGACUCCAUAGAUAAGCGCUUCUGUUUUGAUAUUGAGGUGGUUGAAAGGCAUGGUAUCAUCACGCUUCAAGCACUCUCUGAGUCCAACAGGAGACUGUGGCUGGAAGCUAUGGAUGGCAAAGAGCCAAUCUACAAUCUGCCUGCUCUUCUAAGCAAAAAGGAGGAAACAUAUUUAAAUGAGGCUGGCUUUAAUUUUGUGAGAAAGUGUAUUCAGCUGGUCGAGAUGAGAGCAGGACUCAGCACCAUGGGUUUGUACAGAGUUGGUGGAAUAAACUCUAAAGUGCAGAAGCUCAUGACCACUGUCUUCUCACCUAAAGCAGCUCCAGACAUGGAUCUGGACCCAGAAAGCUGGGACAACAAAACCAUUACCAGUGGCCUAAAGAAUUACCUCAGGUGUCUCUCUGAACCACUCAUGACAUACAAGCUCCACUCAGACUUUCUCUUGGCCGUCAAAUCAGAUGAUCAGAACUAUAGAGUGUGUGCGGUUCAUGCACUCGUUCAUGAACUACCUGACAGAAAUAAAGCGAUGCUGGAGAUAUUAAUCAAACACCUGCUCAAUGUGUCGAAUCACUGUGACCGUAACAUGAUGACCGUGUCUAAUCUGGGAGUGAUCUUUGGUCCCACUCUGAUGCGCUCACAAGAGGAAACUGUUGCCGCCAUGAUGAACAUCAAAUUCCAAAAUAUUGUGGUCGAAAUUCUCAUUGAAAAUUUUGAAAAGAUAUUUCAUCAGGCUCCGGACACUAAUGUUCCCCUGCCGCAACCUCAGUCUCGGCUUGGGUCCCGCAGGAGCAGAGCCAUCUGCCUGUCAUCCGGACCGCGCAAACCAAAGAGUCUAUACACGCCCUCUCUGUGCCUGGCGGAUGCAGACAAUGUCUUGAUUGUGGCUGCAGGUGACACGUUCAGCAGCAGUUCAGGCAGCACGCCCAUGGGCAGCAUGGAAUCCCUGUCCUCACACUCCUCAGAACAGAACAGCUCCUCCAAGACCUGCUCCUCUCCACAGCCCAAAGACAAGCCCCCCUUCCCCGGCCUGCGGCAAAGCCUUUCAUCCCAGUCCUCCAGCGAGCUGCAGGGACCCACGUGCACCAGCAGUCCAGAGUCCAGCUCCAGAGAGGAUACAGGCUGCGUGGAUGGAGACUGGGAGGACAGCAGUGUGAGCUCAGUCAUGGCCGCUGCCAGAUUUUCAGCAGCACCUACCAAAGCUCCUCACACAGGAACAAGAGUCAGAUCAGCACCGAUGAACCGCUCAAAUGCUCCGUCACUCAGAUCCUUAACCAUCUUAGAAGGUCGAAAGAGCUGUGUGGAGUCUGUACAGAGUCUGGUGUGUGUGGAGCAAAAAGACGUCGCUAGGUCCACUGCCUUUCACGAUCUGCUAUCUAAAACAGUCCUACGUCGAAUGCUUGAAAACAACAACUCUAGUAAUGGCUAUCAGAGACCAGGAUCAGUGGUGGCAGCCAGAGCGUUGCUUUUUGAAAACCCAUCUUCUUUAAAAGCCAAUCCCAUAGGAAGAGAUGCUAAAGCCAUGUAUUCCUGUGAAGCAGAACACAGCAAUGAGCUGAGUUUCCCCCAGGGGGCUCACUUCUCCAACGUGUAUCCCUCGGUGGAACCAGGCUGGCUCCAGGCAACAUUUGAGGGAAAAACAGGACUCAUUCCUGAAAAUUAUGUGGUCUUCCUCUGACAAUGUCCCACCAGAGGAGGCCAAGGAUUUCAUGGUAUCCAUGGAAGCAUCGAUUUUCGAUAGAGAGCUUCAAAUAUACUGUAUAUCAAGCAUUGAAGGAUAUGUGGACUUUAUGCAUAGAUCAUAUGCUGUUUGAGAUCAUGUAUGGUACAUAAACAUUAACAAUGUUACACAAUGAUGUAUUGUGUGCAAUUAUCGGAAUGUCUGAAUCCAAGCUGCAAUUCUAGGCAAAUGGCUUUCAAACUUUCACUGGAGGCUGACGUAUAUUUCAAAUUGACAUGAUGGAGAGCUGCUGACAGGAGCCAAUCUGAAAAUCUAGUGAUAUGUAAAUUCAAAAACACUGAGAUCAGCAGGUGCUAAAAUGCACCUAAUGUUGUUUUUAAGUUUAUUGUCUGGCAACUUCGAAACUCGUGCAGAAAUCUUCAACUCUGAUUUCACUGAGAUGCAGGUGGGUGACAUCACGCAUAUUACGCAAGCAUGUUAGCUCCCAAGAAGAUAUACAGUUAAGAUUUAAUAAUAAACAUUCACUUGUAAUAAAUAAAAUCCAUCAGUGUGUCCAAACACCUAGAUUAUAUUUUAAUAAAUUCUUUUUAGCAAACUUUUUUAGAGACAGGUGUUCAAAACACUGUAAAUUACACUUUCUUUUGAUAAUCAUACUCCUGUAGAUUUGCAGCAUUGUUUUUCAGUUUGUUUGCUAGGAGACAUCUCUGUUGACAGUUUAUUCAUGUGCAUUAGCGUGCAUGUUUAGUCACUUGCAAAAAUGUGAGGCUUGAAUUAUUUGUCAUUUUAACUGUUAUUAAUCUCUGGUAUAGUUCAGCCAAAAAUGAAAAUUCUCUCAUUUACUCCCCCUCAGGCCAUCCCGGAUGUGUAUGACUUUCUUUAUUCUGCAGAACACAAAUGAAGAUU